CCCUCGGAGAAAUGGCCGCGUCGGCAGAUUUAAGUAAGUCUUCCCCAACACCGAAUGGGAUUUCAUCUUCAGACACAGCCAACGAUACCAUGGACCCCUUCCAUGCUUGCAGUAUUCUUAAGCAACUCAAAACAAUGUACGAUGAAGGACAGUUGACAGACAUUGUAGUGGAAGUGGAUCACGGGAAAACAUUUUCCUGUCAUAGAAACGUUCUUGCUGCCAUCAGCCCCUACUUCAGAUCCAUGUUCACUAGCGGCCUUACAGAAAGUACUCAGAAAGAAGUUCGAAUCAUCGGUGUUGAAGCUGAAUCAAUGGAUUUAGUAUUGAAUUAUGCCUAUACCUCUAGAGUUAUUCUGACAGAGGCCAAUGUUCAAGCCUUGUUCACUACAGCUAGCAUCUUCCAAAUUCCUUCCAUACAAGACCAGUGUGCUAAGUAUAUGAUUAGUCAUUUGGACCCACAAAAUUCUAUUGGGGUCUUUAUCUUUGCUGAUCAUUAUGGUCAUCAGGAACUUGGAGAUCGAUCAAAAGAAUACAUCCGUAAAAAGUUUCUGUGUGUCACCAAAGAACAAGAGUUUCUCCAACUGACAAAAGACCAACUCAUAAGCAUACUAGAUAGUGAUGACUUAAAUGUAGACCGGGAAGAACAUGUUUAUGAAAGCAUUAUAAGGUGGUUUGAACAUGAGCAGAAUGAAAGAGAAAUACACCUUCCAGAGAUUUUUGCCAAAUGUAUACGAUUUCCUCUGCUGGAAGAUGCAUUCGUCGAGAAAAUUCCACCUCAGUUUGCACAGGCCAUAGUCAAAAGCUGUGGAGAAAAGGGACCAGCUAACACCAAUGGUUGUACACAGAGGCUCGGAAUGACUGCUUCCGAAAUGAUCAUAUGCUUUGAUGCUGCACACAAACACUCAGGAAAGAAGCAAACAGUGCCUUGUCUAGAUAUAGCCACAGGAAGAGUGUUUAAACUAUGCAAACCACCAAAUGACCUAAGAGAAGUUGGGAUUCUUGUAUCACCGGAUAAUGACAUUUACAUUGCAGGAGGGUACAGGCCGAGCAGCAGUGAGGUGUCCAUCGAUCAUAAGGCAGAAAAUGAUUUUUGGAUGUAUGACCAUUCCACAAACAGAUGGCUAGCCAAGCCAUCCUUGCUCCGAGCUAGAAUAGGCUGCAAACUUGUAUAUUGCUGCGGUAAAAUGUAUGCAAUUGGAGGGCGUGUUUAUGAAGGUGAUGGAAGAAACUCCCUGAAGUCUGUGGAGUGCUAUGACAGCAGAGAGAAUUGCUGGAUGACUGUUUGUGCCAUGCCAGUUGCACUGGAGUUUCAUAAUGCUGUGGAACACAGAGAAAAGAUCUACGUUUUACAGGGAGAAUUCUUUCUCUUCUAUGAGCCUCAAAAAGACUACUGGGGAUUUUUAACCCCCAUGACUGUGCCUAGAAUCCAGGGCUUAGCAGCUGUGUACAAAGACUCCAUCUAUUACAUAGCUGGAACCUGUGGAAAUCAUCAGCGUGUGUUUACUGUAGAAGCCUAUGAUAUUGAGCUAAAUAAAUGGACUCGCAAAAAGGACUUUCCAUGUGAUCAAUCUAUAAAUCCAUACCUUAAGCUGGUACUUUUCCAGAAUAAACUCCAUUUAUUUGUCCGAGCUACUCAAGUAACUGUUGAAGAACAUAUCUUCAGAACCAGCAGAAAGAAUUCUCUUUACCAGUAUGAUGACAUUGCUGACCAGUGGAUGAAAGUGUAUGAGACCCCAGAUCGCCUGUGGGACCUUGGCCGACAUUUUGAGUGUGCUGUGGCUAAACUCUAUCCUCAGUGUCUUCAGAAAGUUCUCUAAUAAGUGGCAGGCCUCAGUAUAUCACUGGUACCUCGUACUAAGGAAGCUUGUUUUGGAAAUGCUGUCAACAUUGAAAGAAGCUGGGAGAGAGUUAUGGGUGCUUGAAAUGAUUGUGGUGUGGGGACGAAUUUGUUUUUACCUUCAUGACAUUUUCAUUUCAGUAAGGAAAGGUAAUAAAGUGCAAUUAUCAGCAUUUUUUCCACCCCUGGCAUAAAAGUAUCAUUCUAGCAUUUUGUGAUAAAUAGUUGCUGAGAAACCAGGUGAAUCAAGACAACUAUGCACUCUUUAAAAGCAGCUAGAGUAUUCCUGGGUAGAGACAUCCAAACUGGCUAACAUGACUUUUUAUUUUAAAUACGGGUAACAAUGUGAGGCAAUAUCAUUUAUUUAGCUGUGAUCUCUCUAACACAGAGAAGCACUAACUUAGAUCCUCAUUCUUAACUAUUUAUAUAUAUUUACAUAUAUAUUUUUGUGUACUGUUUUCAAGUGUACGAGAUUUAAAUGUGCUCCGUCAGCAGACUGAAGGAAAACUCAGUCUCAGAAAGAACUUUCAGUCAGAUUGUUUCAUGUUUCUCAUGUAGCUUUAAGUUAAGCUAAAACUUUAAAGUGGCAGUUUUCUGUCCAUAACUUUUUCAAGUGCUAACACUGUCUCAUUUCUUAAAAUCCCAGAAAGGGCUCAGAUUUGCAGAUGACUGGUGCUCGUAUAAGUUAAUUCAUAUGUAGUUAGGUUGAUUUAAAUGGUUAAUGGGUCUAUGUUUAUUUUUCAGAUUAGCAUGCUAGUUCCAUGGCCAUGGCACUUUACCUUGUGACUCCACGAGGUCUGCUGUUUGUGUGAGAGGAUAUGGCCAGUGGCCAUUGGUCUAACUGGAUUCAGUUUUACAAAUCCAAGUUUGCACUAACAUGGGCUGUUUUGUUGCCCAGCCUCCUUUUCCAUCCUCUUUUCUGUCCAGUCAUUGUUGGUAUCUUGAAAGCUAACUUAUAAUGUGAAGUUUUACACCUACUUUUAAAAUUCUGUUUUGUAGAAACAAGUGUCUUGCCGUGGUCUAAUAAUUCAGUGGCUUAUAAGGUUUAUAUUACAGUUACAACCUCACUUUAAUUUUUGCACUCAACAGUGAUUAAUAUUUUUACAUGUAAAUACUUGUUCUAGCUGAAGAUGAUACAGAAGGAAGGAUGAGUGAACAGAACCGUGGGUUUUUAUACCAUAGGUACUAAGGCACCACUCAUAUUAACUGAUAGUGUCUCACAGAUAGUUAGGAAUAGUAAAAUGAAGGACAAACAACUCUUCUUUUUAUCUAAGGCAGGCAUUUAGAUUGAUAACAUACUCUAUGCCUCCUAUAACAGAUAAAGAAUAUACACAUGAGGUCCGAGUCUGUCCUCAGUCAGAACAGCUUGAUUUUCUUGAAGAAAACUGGCAUGAUUUGAAAAAAACAAACAAAAAGCUUGCAUAAAUUGUAAGGUGAUACUGUGAAACAUAUUGAAAACAUUGCCUCUUGCAUCACAUACCUCCUUUUUCAGAAACUUUCUAGACUUCAUUACAAAGGCCCUACAAGUAGAGAUAUUUCUCUAAAGUGGGAGUUUGAGUGGACAGCAUUUACAGAAUGAGGGUGUAUGUGUCCUACACAGCUGGAUGUAUGGUUUCUCCUAAUCUCUUUGUAAAUGUUGUCAACCAAUAAGUUUUUUACCUCUCUAGUUUGUUUUGUGUUUUCUUUUGCUUCAUGCUGUCUUAGGGUUAUUUCUAUGAUUUAUUUUUAAUUGCAUUAUAGGUUUGAAUUACUAAUGAGAGGGAAAAUAAUUUUUACAAGAGGUAUCCAUGUAAUUUUAUUUUUGAAAACUUUGUUGAGUAUCUUAAGAUUUCCUGCCACUUUGACAAUCUCUAUUUAGGAAAAUGAAUUACUUGAAAACAAGACACAGAACAUUGAGUUAGCAGUGUAUAUGUACCAUCAUAUGAUAUGUAAGAGAACAACACACUGGCUAAUUCUACACUAGAUUCAUUCUGUUGAUCUGUACAAACAGUUGGUUCUUCUGUCAACAGUGCAUAUCAAGGGUAUCAUCUAAGUAUAGUGUGUCAAAGCCAAGGUUUAGAAUUUGCUAUGGGAGUAGAAUAUAUAUUGAAUUUUGUAUGAAGAACUAUUUGUUUACAUUACAUAGCUGGUAUAUUUUGCUACUUUUAAAAAUGAUUGCAGGAAAAGGUCCUAGGAAACUAAGAUUAGUGAUAUGUGUGUAUUUAUGUGUAGAUAUUUAAGGUACAUUUUCAUAGUACGAGUAUAUAAGUAAAAGGCACAAUGGCUGCAACAGGAUUAAAAGAUCUAACAAAUGCCAAUCCCACUUUAACUAUGUUUCUGCAUUUGAAGAAUGUAUGUAGCACUUUUCCUAUGUAGUUUUUACACAGUGAAAACUGGGCGAAGUGUAGCUAUGUUGUAGGAAAGAAGAAAUUAUUAUUUAUGUCCGUCUUUGUUUCUUGUUAUCCUACAAAGUUAAUGUGUAAGCAUCAAGUUGAUUUCAUUGGUGCAUGAGGAAAAGUGGUUGUGGUCUGUAGGGAACCAGAGUCCCAUGUAAAGAAGUUUAAAAUGGCAUUCAAUAUUCAGUGCUCAGGUAUGUAGUAAGUACUGUAGUCCUAUGGGGCAAAUGUGUAGAUAUUUUUAAACAUUUUGCUGUAAUUGCACAAUUUUUUGCAUUUUUAUCUAAUGUCAUUGUUUCUUGUAAUAAAACCUUUUCUGAUUGAAAACUGCCAGUGUUG